CAGCACAAAAUCUGGCAAUUGUCAAACUUUUCUGUCAAAAGUCAAAUAACUAAUCAAGCGUUUAGAAAACCGUUUUCUGUAAAAAAAAAAAUAAUAAAAAUGCCAGGUUUGAAUGCUGAUCCGAAUCGGGUGUGUAAUCCACCACCAGAGGUGAGAGAUAUCGUCGAUAAAACAGCCAGUUUUGUGGCGAGAAACGGCCCCGAAUUUGAGGCCCGACUCCGACAGAACGAAUUGGGGAACCCCAAAUUCAAUUUCCUGAAUCCCGUUAAUCCCUAUCACGCGUAUUAUCAGCAUAAAGUCAACGAUUUGCGAGAGAACCGAGAGGGAAAGCAUUUUUGGGAAUUGUAAAUUCAAAAACUAAAUAAUUGCUCAUUGACUGUUUUAUUUAAAUUAAUUAAUUUUUAAUAAAAUAAAUCAAGUAGGUAA